AUGGCUGGCCAACUCCAUUGCUCCCAGUCUGAGAUGAAACGGAACAUCGUGGUGGAAGGGCUCAUCUUGUACUUUCUUACCCCAGCCCUGAAAUCAGUCACUUCUACAGGGAACCCAGGGGUCGCCAGAGGCCACAGGGACCAACGCCAGGCUUCUGGGAGGAGGCUCCUGAAAAGCAGCCAAGAAUGUGAGUGCAAAGAUUGGUUCCUGAGAGCCUCUAAGAAAAAACCCAUGACMGCGGCCGGGCUGCCAAAGAAGCGAUGUCCCUGUGAUCAUUUUACAGUCAGCGUGAAGAAAACCAGACACCGAAGGCACCACAAGAAGUCAAACAAGCAUUUCAAAGCCUGCCGGCAAUUUCUCCAACGAUGUCAAUUAGAAAGCUUUGCUCUGCCCUUGUAAGAGCUCUGAGAUGAGAGUCUUCUCUCCACAUUCAAAUUCUCAGCCCAAAAGGCAGUGGACACAAAGCAUGUUCUUAUUCUUCCCCACUCCCUGUCCCCCCACCUCCACCAUCAUKCCAGUCCUAUCAGAUGGCACUUUUUCCAACAUCAUGGAUUAUUGCUCCCUCUAGUGCAGCCUCCUCUUGCCAGUCUUUUUCUGUGCCCUCCCUUACCUGGGCUUCAGCUUAACUAUGUGAAAGGAUCUAGGAAACCCCACUCUCCUUGCUGGUCUCACUUUCCAUUAAAUACCACCUGGGAAGUA